ACAGUUACUUAGCAUUAAACUUUAGAAUAUAGUUUACGAACGAGUUAAUAGAUUUCUGUUCAACCAAAAAGAUGGAUGCCCACGAGUCUGCCGAGAGAAUCGCUGAAGUUUUUGCAGAUUUUCAGUCUUAUUUUAGCAAAGAGCAAGAUCUGAGAGAGGAAAUUCGAUCAACUGUUCGAGAACUUGAACAGACAGCCAGGGAGAUUCAUGCAGUUCUACAAAAAGUACACCAGAAGGAUGGAAGUGAAAAUGUUGUAAAUGUUUGCAAGUCAACUGAAUCAAAUUUUGAAACAGCAAGAAAACAAUUCAAGGAACUGAGUGCAAAAAUUCCAGAAAAUCAGUACUACAGGUUUAAUGAUCACUGGAAAUAUGCUCUCCAAAAGCUCUCUUUCCUGUCAGCAUUGGUCACCUAUCUCAAAACAGAGAAACUUGUCUCAAGGGAGGAAACUGCAGCAAUGAUUGGAGUGAAACUACGGCAAGCAGAGGGGUUUCACAUGGACUUAGAUGAUUAUCUGAUUGGUUUGCUACAGAUGGCCAGUGAGCUGUCAAGACUGGCAGUAAAUUCAGUGACUGCUGGAGACUUUCACCGACCAAUGAGAAUCGCUAAAUUUGUUGCAGAGCUGGACGCUGGAUUCCGACUUCUGAACUUAAAGAAUGAUGCCCUCCGUAAGCGAUUUGAUGGACUUAAGUAUGACCUUAAAAAGGUGGAGGAAGUGGUUUAUGACCUGUCAAUCAGAGGUCUGAAACCGGUGGAAGGAACAUGAAAUCACGGCCAUACAGGAUACUGGUCUCUUGUGCACCUUGAGUACUUGCUGUACUUUGAUCUCUAAUAGGAUCACUGUAACACUGGUAACAAUGAGGUACCAGUUACAAUUUCAUAUUUACACAGUCGACAAGAAUAACUUUAUUAUCAAAGACCAAAACUGUUAAAAGAGCAAAAAAAAGGAGAAUUAUGUCUGUAUGGGAACUGACUUAUGAAAGUGAUGGACACACUCAAACCAUGGGCAAAGUAUGUGUUUUGUUGUCUUUAAUUUUUUUGUACAAAGUGAAAGCACACUUGAUUUGGAAAUAAAAGCAACACAGAAAAGUGAA